GCCUGGCUCCAAUUUAUCCAUUUUAUUUUUCUAUUUUCAUUCUCCAUUUUUGCAAAUCCAUUAGAACCUUUCAUUACUUUUGAUAUAAAAAAGGAACUUUGUGUAGCUUUCGCUCUGACACACUCAAAUGUGAAGCCAGUUUUGCUAAGAUUAUAUUCAACACUUCCUCUUUCUCCUCACAUGCAGAAAACACUUUGUGCUCUGAGGUUUUAGUAAAGAAUGCUGUUGAGUUGGAGCAAGUCGACAAAUUCAAUUAUCUUGAUCCCCAUGAGAAGCAGGAAUCCGAUGAGGAUGUUUACCAGCUGGGAGUACUUAAAUGUUAAGAUGAGCUCUGAUAUCCAGCCUUCUAUGAGAGAACCACACCUCCGAUUCUUUUCGGGGGUUGGAGACUUUUCCCCUUGAAGACCAUUGUCUCUUUUAUAAGAAUGAACCAUUAGGUGGUUUUGGAGUCUGCUGACGACAGAACAUUGACGAGUCUCCUCAUGUGCAGUACCUCUCAUCAAUUAAAAGGAUGUUGCUCAGUUCCAUGAAGAGGUGCUUUCUCUUCUGCAUUCUGUGUGCAUUGUUGAUUCUUCUCCUCGUCGGAUGGCCAAGAGCAAUCCUGUAUACCACCUGUAAUCCCAGUGAUAGAAAUCUGACCAUCCUACUCUGGCACUGGCCCUUCAGACAUUCAUUCAGUCUGAAGGGUGAUGUUUGCUGGGAUCUCUACCAAAUACCUUAUUGUAAGCUGGUGGACCAGCGCUCCUUCUACCCCACCGCUGAUGUUGUAGUGUUCCAUAACAGAGAACUGAUUGAUGGAAGUCAGAGGCUCCCCACUCAUCUUCCACGUCCACAGGGCCAGAGGUGGGCCUGGAUGUCCCUGGAGUCCCCUAAUAACAACGGAAACCUGCGGCGGUUUGGUAAUCUCUUCAACAUGACCAUAUCCUACAGGAGAGAUGCUGAUAUCACUGUACCGUAUGGUGAGCUGCUACCUGUGGAGACUGAGGAACACCUGGUGGAGGACAGGCGUGUGAAUAAAAGCUCUUUGGUCUGCUGGGUGGUCAGUAAAUACAGGAGCCACUACAAAAGAAGCCGAGUGUACAAAGAGCUGAGUGCUACAGUUCCCAUCAAGGUUUAUGGCCGCUGGACUAAUACACCUCUCUCCUCUGCAGACCUCUUACCUACCAUCUCACGCUGCUACUUUUAUUUAGCUUUUGAGAAUUCUGUGAGCAAAGACUACAUCACAGAAAAGCUGUGGUACAACGCUUACCAAGCAGGAGCUGUGCCUGUUGUGCUGGGACCAUCCAUAAAUCACUACAAAGCCGUGGCUCCGGAACAUUCUUUUAUUCACGUUGACAAGUUUGCUUCAAUAAAAGAUCUGGGAACGUACCUGCAACAGCUUGCAGGUGACAAGAAGAGGUACAACGAAUACUUUAACUGGAAAAAGCACUGGAAGGUGAAGGUUUACUCAGACUGGAGGGAAAGAAUUUGUAAGACGUGUUUACAUUACAGCAGAUUACCUCAGCAGCAUGUUUAUUCAGAUCUUCAUGCUUGGGUAAAUACAAAUAAUGGUCAGCCUUAAGAAAAUGUUAUGAAGUUUGUGGUUAUUUUAAAUCAAAUUUGCACUAAUCUAAUAAAGUAAUAAGAAAAAUGUAUAACAAGUGAUGAAAGGUCUUUUUUUUCCAGUGAAAUCUGAGAGUAAAACUACAGUGCUGUAAAAAAUAUUUGCCCCUUGCAGAUUUCCUCAGUUUUGUUUCAGAUCAGUAAACAAAUUCCAAAUUCAGAUAAAGUAAAAUUUAUUUUAAUAUUUGAGAAAUCCAAGAAAGCCAAUAUGAGAAGAUAAUUGACCUCUUUGUAGAACUAACUGUGAUUACCCAAAUAAUUUAGAUGAUUAAGUUUCACUAGCCACACCCAGGCCUAAUUACAGCAAGACCUGCAGCAUUAUAGAGGAUAUAUUAUACUAAACAUACCUGUUCCCACCUGGGUCUUUACUACCUCUAUAAACACUUCAAAUGUGGAAGAAAAAAUAAAUUUCCAUUUGUCCCCAUUUGUGAUAUCACAAACAGGGGAAUUUGUAUUUGAACCACCUUGCAUGUGCAAGAGGGAGCUGAUGCUGGAGGAGCAGCAGCUCUACUUUAAGCCCCUCCCAAAUAUCAGAGCUUCUAAAUUUAUAGCCUGAGUGGGGGUGUAAUGUUAAAUAUGAGUGAGGAUUCAAAAGCAGGUGAGUGCGGACCAGGAGGCAGCCAUAGAUGGUUAUAGUCUUUUUAUUCGAGGUGAUGAGUAACCGGAGACAACAGGAACAGGGAUGAACAAAAGGCAACAUAGACGAAUAGACAAACACAGAAACAACUUCAAUACAUGUGGACACAGGUGUAAAGGGUAAUUUACAUGUAAUUUAAUGAACCAUGAGACAUGAGAUUCCAUAGAAAAUAUGAAAUCAAUCUGAUGGACCUUUGGGUAUUUUUAACCAGAAGAUUGGAACUUUUUAUUGCAGGGAUUAUGUAACACUUCAUAUUGACUGAGAGACAACUGAAGUUGAGUCAAGUUUUAAAAGUUUAUAGAUUUAUUACUAAACAAAUUAAAACUAGGCUAACUUUAAACACUAAAUGUAUGGUGUAACUAAGGUGAAGUGAGACGAAGAAUGAUGUAGUGUGGAAUGUUGUUGGGAACCAGCAAAUCCGGAGAAACGAUUAGUUCUGAUGGGAGUGAAGGUGAUGUCUUCGCGCUAAGCUUUGAUUUGGAGAUUCAUAAACACAGAAGACACCAUUUUUGUCGCUCCACACAUACCCUUAGAAUGAGACCUCCGUACAGAUCCAGACUGCCAGGUCCUCGAACCCCUCUUUCGGUACCGGAGCCGAUGAAACAGCGUCAGCAGUACAACAGACUAGUCUUUGGAUUGUCUCCAGGUAAAAGCGACAGUUGGUUGACAGCGUCAGAUGGACCCGAAGGGUCAGUGAGUUCAGCUUUUAUUCUGAAAGGAACCGUUGCUUGGUUGGUAAAAUGCAACAGAUUUUAUCCAGCUUGUCGCUGGUUCUUUCAGCUGAAGAGGAAAGUUAUGGAUUGGCCACUCCGACAACUUCUCUAGAACGCUUUGAACUGCGUUAAAGAUAGUGGUGUGCAUCUCUACCUGCCUCACGAUCCGAUUCCGAUUAUCUGCCUAACGAUUCGAUUUGAGUCUUCAAUGCAUCACGAUUCUUCACGCAAAAAUUUUCAUUACUUAAUAAAAGCAGUAGAAUAGUUUUCAAUUUCUUUUUAAUUUCGAAAUCCCUGAAAAACAGAACAUUCAUCUAUUCACUAUAGUGAGCAAUAAUUUUUAAAGUGUGCUGCCUAUAAUUACUUAAAUAAUAUAAGAAAUAAUGUUUUUGGUAAAGCUUUAAGAUAGAAUAUUACUGAACUUAAAAAUAGUAAAGGAAUGUGUUAAGUGGACACUGAGCUGGACACUGAGCUCAGCGCAGCUCGCUGUCAGCGCAUACGUACGGCGCACAGCGAGCUGAAGAUGUGGAGAGGGGCUUGGAGCACGUCGCAGAACCAGAGCGCAUGCAGGAAGAUUCCUCCGACUGAAGCGAGACUUCUCACUUAGAAAAUGUUCCCUGAUUAUGAAACUUUGGCUGAAUAGUGCUUGUUCCUGUCUCCAAUGUGGCCACACAUCCAGGAGCUGAGGAGAAUCCCAGGAUCUCACAUCCUCGUUAGCUCAGAAUGCGCCUAUGAUUACGCACAAGCGUGACGCGCCAACCCGGUCUCACAGUAAGACCGGGUUGGACCUGUUCAGGUUUACGCAGACAAUCUUUACAUUUAGAAUUGGCAUACAGGUGUAAAAUUAAUUCAGUAAAAUAUAAAGCAUUUUAUUUAAAUAUCCAUUCAUUAUUUUACAAGCACAGAGAGCCGCAUCAGAUGGAUGGAAGAGCCGCAUGCGGCUCCAGAGCCGCGGUUACCGACCCCCGACAUAGACAUAGGGAGAGAAUCUCAUUAUGUCACGUUGCUGCAUCGAUGCGGAAUCAUGCACGGCUGAAUCGCGAUGCAUCUUAGAAUCGAUCUUUUUUCCCACCUCUAGUUAAAGAUGACGUGGGCAUAGUUUUAUACUUCGGAUGUUUUGGUUUAUGGUCGAAUGAAAAGAUGACAGAUUUACCAAGCACCACCAAAACCACGCCUCCGUCAGAUCUGGCAGACUCUGAUUGGAUCAGUAAAAGCAAUGUGUCAUGUCUUAACGCUGCAUGUGAUCAGUCUCUAGUGGAAACAUUUAAAGUUAUAUUACUUGUUAUAUUCUGUAGGAUUAUAAUAUCAAGUAAUUAAUAUUUUCAUUUCACAAAUUGGUUCACAUUUUAUUGUUGACUAACACUUUGUUUGAUUAGCUUGUUAAAAAUAGAGUUCUUUGAUUUAUUAAAAAGAACAAGUCCUUUGUCUUCAUUCUUCUCUUGGGCUGGAAAGGAAAACAGUUUAGAAGCAAAUGCAUGAGACCUUGAGGCAAUAUCUCAUGCAGAUUAGUUCUUGCUGAGGAGAGGGGGAAAUGACUUUUAGGUGGAAAACAGUCAUUUCAUUCCGUUACACAGGUGAUCAGGAAAACAAGAGGUAGGUGGGACCAAUUAACGCUAACAAGAGACUAAACAAGAGCUGGGUAGACGGAACGAGCCACACAGCUAUUUAGUGUACCCAAUCUUGCAUACUACAUUGAACAAAAAUAUAAACGCAAAACUUUUGUUUGUGCUCCCAUUUUUCAUGAGCUGAACUCCAAUAUCUGAAACUUUUUCUACAUGUACAGAAGAUCCAUAACUCUCAAAUAUUGUUCUGAAAUCUGUCUACAUGUGUGUUAGUGAGCACUUUUCCUUUAAUAAGAUAAUCCAUCCCAUCUCACAGGUGUGGCCUAUCAAGGGGCUGAUUAGACAGCAGGGAUAUUGUACAGGAGCCUCUCACAUGCCUCCAUCUAAAAGGCUAGGUUAUCCAGAGUUAUCUCUGUAGUUAUGCUGCUAUAGGCUUAGGCUGCUGGAGGACAUACUGACCACUUUCAACACUGUACUACACAUGUGUUAGAUCCAAGGCCCGCGAGCCAGAUGUGGCCCGCCACAUCAUUUUAUGUGGCCUGCGAGAGCUUCAAGUAUCUUAAAAUAGGUCUGUGCUGCUUCAAAGCACACAUUGACUAUAAACUACAUUUCCCAUAAAACAUGGCGAUUCUGUUCCCAGUGCAGUAGCUCGCCACUAGGUCGCAGUGUAUCCACUUACAUGUUUAAUUAAUGCAACAAGUGAAAAUAACUGUCCACACAUCAUCCCAAAAUGUCCAGGAAGAGAAAGAUUGAUGCAGAAGGAAGGUGUUUCAACAAAGAUGGAACAUGUUGAUGCUUCAAGGAGAAAAACCGGUAUGUUUUUAAAGUCCUUAGCGUCCAUGCUACUAGCAUCAGUGUCUGCAGCAUUACCCCCUCUGCCUCAGACAAACUGAAAACACUCCUCUUACUCUGCGUCACGUUUACUUAGAAAUUAGCCGACUUUGAAGCCCAGAAAUGGAUUUUAACAGCUCAGUAAUCUGUUUGCUGCUGACAUAGAAAGCGCACCGACCAACUUCCUGUCAUGUGAAUAGAUACAGUGUGUAUGUCUUUAAGACUUGCCUGAAGGGGGAGGAGUUUGGAGAGAGUUUGGCGGGCUGGAAAAUAAACACAACACCUCUCGAGCUGAAGGACAUUGAGUCAUUUAUUACAUUGGUCGUACUUAGAACAUGGUGUCAGAAGUUAAGUGAUGAAUAUGGCCAAGUUUAACCCUCCCGACAACUUUGACUUCACCCGCCCAGAACAGUGGCCGGAGUGGAGGCAGCGGUUCCAGCGUUACUGGCUAGCAACUAAGCUAAACCUCGAGGAUGGCGCUGUGCAGGUUAGCACACUACUCUACGCGCUUGGCAAGGAAGCGGAACAAGUGUUUAACACUCUGCGGUUCAUUGAGGAGGAGGACUAUGACACGGUAUUGGAAAAGCUAAAUAAUUACUUCAUUCAAAAAGUUAACGUCAUCCACGAACGAGCACGGUUUUACCUCCGCUCGCAAAAGAAGGGCGAGUCCGUGGAGUAAUACAUACGUACACUCUAUGAACUGGCCGAGACCUGUCAGUUUGGUCCGGCGAAGAUUGAAAACAUUUGCGACAAGUUAGUGGUUGGGAUCCUGGAUAAAGACAUGUCAGAGAAACUACAGUUAAAAGCCGACCUCACAUUGGAGAAAGCCGUGGAGAUGGUGAGACAGUCUGAGCAGUGUAGUGAUUUGAAGAUGUAUAUUUAUACACUGUAAUUAGAUAAUUUAAUUAUCUGAUUUUGUAUAUUUAUACACUUUAAUUAGGUUAUCAGAAGUGGUUGUUUUUAUCAUCAGGGAGUUUACUUAAACACUCUGUAUUGACUGAGACACAAGAAAAGAGAGAGAGUUGGGAUCGUUUAAGAAUCUUUAAUUUCUAUAAUUAUAAAUUCUUACAAUCUACCAGGACUAUCUCAAUGAUGAAUGUAUAUGGAUUUAGAUGUUUCGUGUUGGUGUGUGUGUGUUUGUUCAGAAUCUCUAGGCUGACGUAGCGAAUCUGGUUUGUUAUGACUAGGCUACCACGAGGCUUCAGAAGCUGAUGACAUGAGCCGCCAUUUUGUGCCGUGACCACGUACCGUAUGGAGUCUCCCGUGUAGAUCAGGAAUUGCCAGGUCCUCGAACCUUCAGAGGUACUGGAGCUGGUUGAAACAGCGGUCACAGUACACAACGCCCGUCUGAGGAUAACUCUGGUAGUAGUCGGCAGGCGUCAGCAAGUUCACUCUUAUUUUGAAGGAACGUUGUCUCGUUGGUACAAACGACGGAAAUCUCCAGCUUGACAGUUCUCAGCUUAAAACAGGAAGUACAGAUGGCCAGCCUGUACUCCUCUUUGCGGUGAUGGAUUGAGAGCUGGUUGAAAACAAUGUUGAGAGUAUGAUGUAACUCCUUUGGAGCUCAGAUCGAACAGAGCUGAUGUCAACGUGGAACUUAACGUGGAACUGAAUAUAAAAUGGCGUUGCCUUCUUUUAUAUCUCCCAGUUGUUUACCAAUCUUAGUGAACCGGAUUGGACUACUUUCAUAAACAAACCAGAUUCUCUCUACGACAGACGAAAGUUCUGAUUGGUUGAGAGUAAUGUGUCAUGCGUUUCCAUGGUAAUGUAUAGCAGUCCGUCUGGUGCAGUCCUGUUUAUUCAUUUAAACACAUAACUCAUGACAUCUUUAUUUCACAGAUCAUUCACCUGAUUAUUAAUGAUCAACAUAUGCUUUGAUUAGCUUAUCACAAAUAAAGUACUUUGAUUAAUCGAUGAAAAGCGUUCUUCUUCUCUUCUUCUGGAAUGUAAACAUACUGAACCAAGCGUCCAACCUUGGUGAUGUUACUGUGUGAAGGGGCAGCUGUUAAUGGCAGACCAUUAUAAGCUUCAUAACGCUACACAUCCCCCCUUUUCAAGGUCAAUGUGGUCCUGCAAGAGACCACUUGGUCGUUGAACAAACCCAAGUUAUGAAGAAUCUUGACAACCGACAGGACGCGAUCCCACUGGAACAGCCAACGGUGGUGAGGUACGAACCCCACGCCGAAGAACAGUCUCGCACACUCCUCAGGAAGAACACAAGUCAGCAGGUUAUUAACUAUUCCCCACGGAAGCCACAAUUGAACCAACAGCAGCUUUAUAUCCUCACGGGCAAAAAUGCAAAGCAGGAGCAGAUCUUGUGUAUAUCCACGAGCAGGUAAUUAUUCCAAAUAGCAAAUUGAUCUUUGUAUCCACCGGCAGGGUAAUAUUCCAAAUAAAAUUGAAGUUUGUAUCCACUGGCAGGGUAAUAUUCCAAAUAAAAAUUGAACUUUGCAACAGUACUUAUCGUAAUCCACAAAAAGGGAAGAGUAGUAGACAGUAAUCCCAAUGAAUGCGGUGUCCCAGCAGCCAUGCCGGAACCAUGGUCGUCCAAGGCCAACGAGCCGGAGCACCACCCAGGAGUAGUCGAUGCAGAUGACGAGACACGGAUCCACCCCCAGGAAGCAGGAUCCUCACGAGCUCAGCAGAGGAGAGAGAGCACAGUGCAGGCACUUCAAUGUAGACACGACAAAAUUGCAUUUCAUGUCAUCAAAGAAAUAAAAACCUAACUCUAUGAGUACCUGUUGUACUAUGUGUAAGUUUUAUGUGAAUUACCCAUUAAGUGAAGAAAUGGAUGCAACCUUCUCUGUGUGAGACGCAAAAAGGAUGAUGCGAAAAGCAGAAAAUGAAAGAACCCUAA